GGCUCGAACUCACGAACUGCAAGAUCAUGAUCUGAGCCGAAGUCGGACGCUCAACUGACUGAGCCACCCAGGCGCCCCUCUCUCUGAGCACUUUUAAACCCUAUGGCUCAUUCAUCUCAUUCCAUAGGCAUCAGUACCAGACUUUGCUCGACACAAUGAUACUGGCUGAUACCUGUGCUCGGGUCAUAUACUCAAAAAUGCUGCCUGGCUUACUUCAUCUUUAUUCAAGUCUUGCCUGAAGUUUCCAUUUGCCAUCAGGUCUCCCUUACUACUCUACCCUCUCAUUCCCUGCUCAUCCCCCAACUCCAGCUUACUCCCCUUCAAGGCACUUGUCAUCAUAUAGCAUACUGAAUAUUUACUAUUUAUUAGAUAAUACUAGAUAUUAGAUAUUAUUAUUAUCUAAUACCUGUUUCAAUACAGGUAAGUUCUCUUCUACCUUCCCCCUUCCUCUCGCCCUCCAUAGAUCACUUACACCAAGGAUAAUGUAUUACCUACAUUUCAGGUGUUUAACAUCUGUUUAUUGAAGUAGUAAAUAAAAGUUGCCUUGGGAAUGCCUGGCCGGCUCAGUCAGUAGUGCAUGUGACUCUUGAUCUUGGGAUUGUGGGUUCAAGCCCCAUGUUGGGUGUAGAGAUUAUUUAAAAAUAAAAUCUUUUUAAAAAUUUGCCUCACUUUCUUCAUAUUCAUUUUUAAUACUUUAGUAAUUUUUACUUAAUAGUUCUUUCUUUUCCUCUUUCAGAAUAUGGGCAGUGUAAGAAUCAUAUUUGAGAGGUAACAUCCUCAGGUUGGCCAGAAUCACAGACCAGCCUUGAAUGAAGCUUCCUUCUGUCACUUCACACACACACAAGAUGAGCAUCCUCAUCUCACCUGUCAUUUCGACCUGAUACUUUUCAGAAAACUUAGCUUUGUUUUCCCGUGGCUGUUCCUGCUUUUUCUUUCUUUCUGAAAUAAUUAAUCACUACUAAUAGCUCCUAGUAAUUUGUAGCUUUUACUGUGUUUUCCCAGAGAUAAUUUCAACUCUCCAUGCAGACACUGUCACUGCAAUUAUUGGUGAAGUGAUCAUCACUUCCCAGCAAAGAGAUGAGAUCAUGGUGUCCCAGACCUUUAUCUCGGAUAAGAUACCACCUUUGCACACAUGCUCCAGAUUGGACUCUAAAAUCUGCUGGUUUGGUGGGGAAUGACAUUUGGAGUUCCUCAAACAAUGGCAGCAUUUGGGUUGAAAUCUUUUCUGAAUGAUGCUGGAUGUAAGCUUGUCUUCUAUUUUCACCGAGUGGCCAGAGGGGUUUCCCUCAGCACCACCUGCCUGCUCAGUAGUUUCCAGGCCAUUAAGCUCAACACUAACACCUCCAAGUGGUUGGAGCUCAAGGUUACAUUCCCAAAGUGCUUUGGCUUCUGCUGUUUCCUCUGCUGGAUCCUGCAUCUCCUGUUGAAUACCUUUAUUACUUUGCUUGUUACUGGACCAAGAAAGAACAAAAACAUGAGUGUGGAAAAAAUUUAUGAAUACCGUAAUUCACCCAUUCCAAACAAAUUUGUUGUUUUACUACAUGCAGUCAUGUUCUCCUUCAUUGGUGUCACUUGUUUGGGCCUCAUGGCCUGGUCUAGUGGCUCCAUGGUCUCUGUCCUGCUCAGGCACAAGCAGCAAGUCCAACACAUUCACAGCAACAGACUUCCCCCCAAACCUUCCCAUGAGGCCAGAGCCACGCACACCAUCCUGGCCCUGGUGAGCAUAUGCAUCUCCUUUUGUUUUGUCUCUUUCAUUUUGUCUUUGUGGGUAACACUUAUUGUGAACCCAAGCCACUGGCUGAUGAACAUCUCUGCCCUGGCAUCUUCAGGCUUCCCGACCUUCAGCCCCUUCAUGCUCCUUGGCAGUGAUACCCGUGCCUCUCAGUUUUUCUCUGCUUCUAGGGAAGAAAAAUAAUUUUUCCAAGUAUGGUCUUUAAAACAGUAAGUUCCCUAUAGGACAUCCUAUCAUUUAUUUAAUCACUUUUCUUUUGCCGGUUUAAAAAAAAAUGUAUUCAUUUUUGAGAGAGAUAGAGAGAAAAACAGAGUGCAAAGAGGGGAGGGACAGAGAGAGGGGG